GGCUGGUCGCCGGAAACUGCCUAUAUCCACACCGUUAGAACUGUAAGAAUACUCUAAAUCAGCCGUGCAUAUUUGUUUUACCAUCUUCAAUUUCUGAGUUAGUGUUCUAAGUUCUUGAAAUAUAAUUUCUUGAUGAAUUUGUAUAUGAAUUAUAAUUCAUUAGUUAUUAAGAUAUUUUAUGGUUAUUUGAAAAUAUUUCUGUAAGAGAUUGUUAUUUAGAUGUUCUUGAUGUAUAUGAAACUAGAAUCUUAAUCCUGUUUUAAUUUGUAUACUAGAUAUUUGCCCGCGCAAAUGCGCGGAUGACUAAUUCCUUUCUAUAUAUGUUACAAAAUAAAAUAAAUGCUUUUUAUUAGAAGAGGAAACAAUUACAUUUACUAUGCAGUCAAGGCUAAAGUGUUACAUGCACUAAAUCAAUUUUAGUUAAGUGUUAUUUUGGAAUUAUAUAUUGACAAACAAAAUAAUUGACUUUAAUAACAAAAAAAAUACACGUAACUAAAGAAACUAAAAAACUAAUCCAAAUAGCUUUAAAAUCUGAUUACUUAUACAAUAAACACAUUUUAUUUGAUAGAUUAUUACUUUCCUCUUGUUAAUCUAAUAUCUAUCCGUCUUAAACAACUAUUUUCCUUUUGAGUGCUACUAUCUUCAUCUGCAGAUAAAUCUGCAAAUCUAAUAACAAAAAAAUAUAUUUAAGAAAAUCACAUGUAUCUUAGCACUAUAUAACAGAAAAGUGCAUAAAUGUAAAUCGAUUAAUAGUCUUUUCAAGAAAAAAAUGUAAAUUGAUUAGCAGUACUAUAACAUGUAAAAAUGACGUCAACAUAUAAGACAGAAGAGUGAUAAUUUGCAUAAUAACUAUUAUGAUUAACUAAAAUAGUUUUAUUAACAAUUGACAUUAAUCUAGUUACCUAUGUCAUUUUCACGUUAUUCAGUGGUAAGAAGAUGACCUAGCCUUUCUUUUGCCCUAUAAUAAACAUAAUAACCAAAACUUUUCUGUGAAUAAAAUUCAACUCAAAAAGAUUGAAAGUUUUCUGAAAGAAAAUAUCAAAAUACUCACGUUCGUUGUCUAUUUUUUCUUUCUAAGAAUAAGCUAUUGAGCCAAAAAAAAACAGAUUUGUAAGUAAGCAAUUUAUUUUUUGUUUAUCAAAGAAAAAAAAAAGUAAUAAUCUACAAACAUAGUCUGUAAAAACGUAUUAUUAUUUUUUUUUGUUAUUAUUAUUUUUUUUUGUAAAAACUUAUUAUUACCUCAACUGUUGUUGACAAUGCUUUGAUUUAUAUUGGUUUUUUUGAAGAACUAAGCAGAGGAAAUUCAAUUGACAUCUUCACUGUGAAUCAUGCAAAAAAGAGUAAUUAUAAAAGUGUAUCAGUUUUCUGAACUUAAAAUGUGUGUACCUUUUCAUCAAAGUGUAUGUACUUUUUCAUCCAUUAGGAUAGCUUUCAUCCCGAGCAAACUUCAAGUUUAUGUUUGGGAUAGUAGUCCCAGAUCCGAGAGACCGCACUCUGAUUUUCCAUUUUUUAGAUGAAUUGAAUAACAUCUUCAACCUGAGUUCUGCACAAAGAGAGAAAGGAUUAUUUAUUAGAGAAGAAGAGAAUAAUUAUUCUAAGAAAAUUGAUAGAAAACAAAACAUAAACUUGCAGCAGAGGUUUUAUUAUGUGCUGUAGACACGAUGCAAAAAUGCAAUGAUUGUUUGUUUUAUGUAAAGCUUUUUUUUUUUUGAUAAAUUUUAUAUAAAGCUUUGUCCUGGGCACAAUUUAGAGAAACAUUAACCUUGAAUUCUUGAUCGUAAAAUUUCAAAAUUUAGAGAAUUCUUUGAAGAUACGAUACUUGUGUCACAGAUACAAUAUAUAAAAGAAAGUAGAUUAAUUUAUGUAGGAGAUAAUAAAAUAGUUUCAAAAAUUAUAAGUUAACGUGAGUUUAAAAAAAUAAAAAAAAAUAGAAAUAUAGGUAGUUGAAGAUUUACAUUGCAGAAAAGUAGGAGAAAAAAAAAAUUAGUUUUAAUAAAACUUUGCUUGUGAGAGAAAAAUUCAAUUCUUUUGUUUUAUUAUUUUUGAAAACUUUUUCACAUGUCAAUUGUUUUUUAAAUUUGUUUCUAAUAUUUUUCUACAUGGCAAUGUCUGAUUCGUCAGGCGACUUGCGCUUUAGUAUAUAAAGGAUAUGUGUGCGUUUCCUAAGUGUAAAUGCUACAAAAAAAAUCAAGUGUUUCUGGAAUAUGUAUCACGGGUACGGCGGGAUGGAACACGAGGCUUAUCGUCAAGACUUGGACACAUGGAGAUCCAAUCCAAACCACGGUGGGACUCAUCGUCAAUUCGUCAUGGCCGUCCACACCGGCUCGGUGACAUGAGUUUUUAUUACCCGUCAAAGAGGAUUAGAAUAGGCUUCCUAGCCGUUGGGUCAAAUACAUUGAUCCUCGGUUUAGAGAAACUCCCAUACAAGUACAACAACCUCAUUCAUGAAUUUCUCAAUCUGUGGGUUCAAAACAAUAAUAUUUUAAUAUCAUAUCAUUAGAUAAUUAAAUUUUAAUUAUUUAGAAAAGAUAAGAUCAUUUUCAAAGCAAUACAUGGCAAUUGAAUUUCUAAAGAGGUUCUCAUGUUUUAUUUUAAUUUUUUGUUUUCUUAAAUAUUGAAAUAUUCUCUUAGAUAUUUCCAUUGGAGUUGCUCUUAUGAUUUGAAACUAGUGUUGAUGAUAAAAAAACUUUGGAGUUUUUUUGGGUAAAUAUCAAAAUUAAUUAGUUUUAAAUAUUAAAUAUUACAUUUGAAAUCUAAUAAGAAUUUCUGGUCUGUAUGUCUAAUAAAAUAUCAGAGCCUCAUAUUUAUUUGCAUAUUAGAAGAAUGUACUUUACAAUUUAGAUUCAAUUCUUUUACAAAAGAAUAAUUAAUUUCUAUGUAUUCACAUAUGCCAAAAAGGAAACACAACACGUAAUUCAAAAUUUCUAAGGUCAAAAGGAAAUAAAAAUCAAGUAGUCAAGAAAAUAAACUAGUUAUUAUGACUAAACAUUAAUUCCUUCAUGUCUUUCAUAAGCUCCAUUUUUCAUUUUUAAUAUCUCUCAUUGUCAUCUCUCGCUUUAGUUUUUCUCUCAUCUUCUUUGAUUCAAAAGCCAUGAAGAGACACUCAUCAUCAUUGUCAUCAUCAUCACCUGAUGCAAAAAUCAGAAAGCUACAACAUCCUAUCAUUGACGAUGAUUGUAUCAGCGAACUCCCAGACGAUCUGUUACGAAUGAUCCUUUCAAAAUUGCCCACCGAAGAAGCUGUGAUGACAAUUCUUUUAUCAUCACUAUGGAUGGAUUUGUGGAAAUGGAGACCUCAUUUCGUCUUGGAUAUGAAAAGGAUCUUGGAUAAAACCCCCACCAAACUUUGGGACAAAGUUUCCGCUCAGUUGGCUAGUUCUAUGGACAAGACUUUCAGACAACACCACGGCGACCUGGAGAGCUGCACUAUCACAUCCCGAUGUAAUGAUGUUAUACUUCAAAACUGGAUCCGACGUGCGACUCGUGUGAAACACACUAAAGAUCUCACGCUAAACUAUAUACAUGGUCAUAAGAGACGUUACAGAGGAACACAUAUGGUCUACUUCCUCCCAGAAAUAUUUUCGCAUCCUAGCCUCACUUCACUGUCACUUAGUGGAUACACUCUAGAAAGAAGACGUGCCUUCAUUAACUGUGGGAAUCUUAAGACCCUCAAGCUUUUGAACAUGUUCCUCUUUCGGGUUAGUACCCUUAGUCACGUUUUGGCAGCUUGCUCCUCCCUCGAGGUGAUUGUGUUGGAAAUCGUUUUCUUAAGCGGGCUUGGUGUGUUGAAGAUUGGGAACAAAAAUUUGAAGUUCUUGCAAGUGACUUUCCCUGACUAUGUUGAGAGGAUUGAAGUGAAUGCACCCUGUCUAGAUGUUCUAGACGUCAGGGAUAUCAAAUGUGAGAGCAAGAAUAACUUCAUCCUCACUGCUCCUAACAUCCAGUUUGACAGAAACGAUUGGGUUUCUAGGUGUGUUUAUCGUCCUCACAUUAGCUAUAAUGUAUCAGAACUUGUUCAGGAGACAAAACACACUUGGUAUGAGCUCCUGGUGAGUGACUUUCAUGGUAUGCCAAGGCAUGGAACUUUAUCGGUGAGUAUAGACAUAACUAAUCCUAAAGAAGUGGAGAUAUUGAAGGAACUUUUGCUUAUGUGGACUACUUACAAAAUGAUAGAGCUUGAGAUUUUGUUCAAGACCAACAAUGCUUCUAGAGAAGAAGAAGGUGAAUGUGUUAGUGACGGCAUAGCACAUGAGAAGUUGUGGGAGGAUGCAGCACCGUUCCCUAACGCAGAAUUUCGCGUUUAUAAAGUGUGGAUGUAUAACUUCAAUGGUUCGAGUAAGGAGGAGUUUGCGUUUGCCUCACGUAUUGUGUUGCAAAAGACUGUGAUGAUGAAGAUGAUGAUCGAGACCUCAUCGUUUCCACCAAUGAAGAAGUUAGAGGUAGAAGCAGCUGUGGCCAAGCUAAUGGAACUUCCUAAAGGUAACGAAGAUCUUAGUAUUGAGUGCUUCUGAUGAAAGUUUGGUUCCAGUCUUUCCAUAAUCCAUUGCUAGUAUAAGCAUAAACUAUGAUACUAUCUUUUCUUUGUUAAUGUAAGGAUUAUAUGGUUUUAAAUUUGGGAUUAUUGUGUUCAGAGUUUAUGUGACAAAGGAUCUUGAUGUUUGAAAUUUACUUUGUCUUAAUAUGAUUUGUUUUAUUGUGAUUUUCUUCUGGUUACUAUGGCUUAAUGCUUUCUCAAAAGGGAUUAUGUUAUAAAUUUAUGAUAGAAAAAGGAUUAUGUUUUAACAAAACCGAAUUGUGUUAAACAGAGAUUUUAGCUUUAUGGAAAUUAAAUUCUGACUAUAAAUCUAAAUCUUGGAGAUUUAGUUAAGGUUUUUGGCUUCAAAUCUUUUCACCAAUAGAAAAGCAAAAAAAAAAAAAUACCGUUUUAAUCACAAAUGGAUACUGAAAAAAGUAGUAGAGUAUAAACCUGGGGCUGACAUCUUUGUUGGUUUUUGAUAAAACAUAAACUCAAGAUUAUUAUUUUUUUUACUAAUAUAAAAAUAGAUUUUUGUUUUUAAUAAAAAAUUAACAGUACUGUUCACAUUUCACAACAAAAGCUACUUGAGAAGGUGAUCAUAUAUUUAGGAAGAUUA